AUGGCUGCGCAAUCCAAAUUGCUCCCUCCAGGGCGCACCGUCAAGCAACUGAUCUCCGAAUUGACAUCCCUCUACCUCAAACACCGGACAAAGAUAUCUCGGACCGUGUACAUCACCUUGGUCGCUGCCUUAGCCCAUCGAAUCCACAAUGCCAUCUCCGAGCAAAAAGCUGCUACUAGGAGGCAGGCUGAAAUCCGUGCCCGACAGUCUGCCACGAUCGGGGACGCGGAGGCUGCAAGUCAAGAACACAAGAAGAAGAGAGUGGAAAUAAACCGAGAAUUCUUUCGGAACUUAUACCGACUACUCAAGAUCGUCAUACCUGGUUGGCGAAGCAAGGAGCUGCGCCUCAUUAUCAGUCACAGUGUGUUCCUUGUCCUGAGAACUCUCCUCUCACUUUACGUCGCCGACCUCGAUGGCAAGGUCGUCUCCGCGUUGGUCAAGGGCCGUGGAAGAGACUUCAUCCUGGGGUUGGUGUGGUGGAUGUUGGUUGCUAUCCCUGCCACUUUCACGAAUUCAAUGCUCCAAUACCACCAAACUAGACUCGCCCUCGCGUACCGAACUCGAUUGACGAAUCAUGUUCACGAGAAAUACUUGGACAACAUGACUUUCUACACACUUUCCGCAUUGGACGAUCGGAUCAAGAAUGCUGAUCAGCUCAUUACUGUCGAUAUUGCAAGGUUCAGCAACUCUCUUGCAGAACUAUAUUCGAAUCUGGCAAAGCCGGUAUUGGAUAUGGUCAUCUACAACUAUUCGUUGUCGAAGUCUGUUGGUGGGGAAGGACUGUUUGCGAUGGCCCUGCUAGUACAGGUCUCGGCGAACGUUAUGCGUGCUCUCACACCACCCUUUGGCAAAUAUGUCGCAGACGAGGCUCGACUGGAAGGCGAGUUUCGAUUCCAGCAUACCCGGCUUAUUGAUUACAGCGAGGAAAUCGCGUUGUAUGCUGGACACGAAGCAGAGAAGGACGGACUUGACAAGGGCUACUUCACACUGAUCAGGCAUGUCAACCGAAUACUGCGAAGACGGUUCUACCACGGCUUUAUGGAAGACUUUGUCAUCAAAUACUUCUGGGGCGCGUUGGGUCUCAUACUGUGCUCUCUUCCAGUAUUUUUCAAGAUCCCUGGACAGACGCUACAAGCUGCUGGUGAUCAUACAGAAAGCUUCGUCAAGAACAGGCGAAUGCUGUUGAGCAGUUCUGACGCGUUCGGGCGCCUCAUGUUCUCAUACAAGGAAAUCACGGAACUUGCUGGAUAUACGUCCAGAGUAGCAGGACUGUUAGAUGUGAUGGAUGAAGUCUCUGCCGGUCGGUUCCAGAAGAAUCUUGUCAGUUCCGCCAGCAUCGAGGAGAAUGCCACUGUUCUGCAAGGACGAGGAACGAUCGAGGAAAGUGAGAAUGUCGAGUUCAAGGAUGUCCCUAUUGUCAGUCCCAAUGGAGAUGUCCUCGUCAAAAAAUUGACCUUUGCUAUCAAGCCCGGAGAUCAUUUGCUCAUUGUUGGCCCUAACGGCUGUGGAAAGUCUAGCCUGUUCAGGAUUCUUGGCGGCUUGUGGCCUGUAUAUGGUGGAAGUGUCAAGAAACCGAACUUCGAGGACAUCUUCUACAUCCCACAGCGACCUUACCUCAGCAGGGGUACACUUCGCGACCAAAUAAUCUAUCCCGACACUCUAUACGAAUUUCGGGCGAAGAAUGAGUCAGAGGAGGCGCUCAAAGAGAUCCUCAAGAUCUUGGAAAUUGAGUCCGUCCUCAAUCGUCCAGACGGCUGGGAUGCGGUCGAAGAGUGGCGGGACGUCUUUUCCGGUGGCCUACAACAACGCAUCGCUAUGGCACGACUAUUCUAUCACAAGCCCAAAUAUGCCAUUCUCGAUGAAUGUACCAGCUCAGUUACUUUGGAGAUGGAACGAAAGAUGUACGAGACUGCAAAAGGUCUCGGAACAACACUUCUGACUGUCAGUCACCGACGCAGUCUGUGGAAGUACCACAGCAUGAUACUCCAAUUUGACGGCCAAGGUGGCUAUGUCUUCAGCAAGCUUGAUGCGGAGAAAAGGAUCAAGCUAGAAGAUGAGAAAGAAGAGCUCGACACCCUUCUUCGUGGGGUGGAAGGUUGGAAGGCUAGACUGGCAGAACUUGAAGGCUAA